AUGAACAAGGACGACAUUCUUGCGCAAGCAGUUGAAAAGUAUGUUUUUUCUUAAGGAUUUUUUGUUACCAUCAAUCAAAAUAAUCAUUUUCAGUGAUGCCAACUACAAAGAUCGUGCAGCACUUAUUCGGUCGAACGAUGAAAUUGACGCGAAAUUCGGAUUUGUCAGAUAUACUGGAAUUCAGGAGAGAAAGGGAUUUCUGAUAAAUAUUCAACAGGUGAGAUUUUGUGAGAAAAUUCAUAGGGAAAAUAGUAUUGCAGUCCGAACAUGUGGACGAGCAAACAAAAGUGAUCAUCUCGGUGGUCGACUACUUUUUCAUCAGUGACAUGGACGAGCGAUUCAAGAUUUCCUAUCCGUUCCGCCCGUAUUUUUACAUUGCGACGCUGGACGGUUUCGAACAUCAAGUGUCGAGUUAUUUGUCGAAAAAGUACGGAGCGGCGACGACUGUCGAGCAAAUUGACAAAGAGGACUUGGAUUUGGUACGCGUCUUUUGAAAAAUGUUCAAAAAAAUUAAUUCCUCUUCCUUUUUUCAGAAAGACCAUCUCUCCGGCCUCAAAAAGACGUACAUCAAGCUGUCGUUUCCAAGUAUUGUCGAACUUAUGAAAACGCGGAAAGAUAUAAUGCCGUUGGUGCGUAAAAACACGGAGCGCAUCAAAAAAGAGUCGGCGUACGCAGAGUUUCUCGCGAAGAACUUGGGCGGCGGGCAAGGAUCGGACGGCGGACAGCAGGACGGCGACGUUCUCUCUACCAUCAUCGACAUCCGCGAGUACGACGUUCCGUUCCACAUGCGGGUCUCGAUUGACGAAAAAAUCUUUGUUGGUUUAUGGUACGACGUGAAGGGGAUCGGUCCGCACCGGGUGCCGACCAUCAAACGCAAAGAUCUCGCGUUCUUCCACGCCAAGCCUAAAGUUCUCGCUUUCGAUAUUGAGACGACGAAGCUUCCGCUCAAGUUUCCGGACCGAGAAAGCGACGAGAUCAUGAUGAUCUCGUACAUGGUCGACGGCCAGGGCUUCCUGAUUAUCAACCGAGAAAUUGUCUCGGCUGAUAUCAACGCAUUCGAGUACACGCCAAAAGCAGAGUACAAGGGAGAGUUCACAGUUUGGAAUGAGAAGGACGAGACUGCUCUCAUCCGCCGGUUCUUCGAUCACUUCCUGCAAGUCCGUCCGAACAUUGUCGUCACCUACAACGGCGACUUCUUCGAUUGGCCGUUCGUGGAAGCGAGGGCCAAGAUCCGAGGACUCAACAUGGAACGGGAGAUUGGUUUCUCGAAAGACUCGGCGGAUGAGUAUAAAUCUAGAAACUGUAUUCACAUGGACGCGUUUCGAUGGGUGAAAAGAGAUUCCUACCUGCCCGUCGGAUCGCAGAACUUGAAAGCCGUCACACGAGCGAAAUUACGAUAUGAUCCGGUUGAGGUGGAGCCGGAAUUGAUGUGCAAAAUGGCCAGGGAACAGCCGCAGCAGCUCGCUAACUAUUCGGUUUCGGACGCUGUGUCUACCUAUUAUCUCUACAUGAAAUACGUGCAUCAGUUCAUUUUUGCCCUCUGCACAAUCAUUCCAUUAGGAGCCGAUGACGUCCUCCGCAAAGGAUCCGGAACCCUUUGCGAAGCUCUGCUCAUGGUUGAAGCCUUUCAUAAUAAUAUUGUGUUUCCCAACAAAUACACUGGUCCGGAGGAGACGCGCUUCAGUAAAGAUGGACAUCGCGUGGAAAGUGAGACGUACGUGGGAGGACACGUGGAGGCGCUGGAAGCGGGAGUCUUCCGCGCGGACAUUCCCGCCCGUUUUCGCCUCUCGCCGCCAGCUCUGGAGCAGUUGAAGGGCGAAGUUGCGGAGACGUUGCGAAAAGAAUUGGCUCGCGAGUUCGGAGUGGAAUUGGAGCAAGUCGUGGACUUUGAGGAGCAGUGCGACACGGUUCGGGACGCUUUUGACGAGCUGCUGAAGGCGCCGACGCGACAGGAGAACCCCCGCAUUUAUCAUUUGGACGUUGGAGCCAUGUACCCAAACAUUAUUCUCACUAAUCGGCUUCAGGUUUGUUUUGACGCUUCACACGGUUCAGCCAAAAAAUCUCAAAACAUUUCAGCCGUGCGCAAUGGUAAACGAGGAGAUUUGCAUGGGCUGCUCGUUCAACAAACCGGACGCCGAGUGCAAACGAACGAUGGCGUGGGAGUGGAGGGGCGAAUUGACGCCUGCGACGCGCGGAGAAUAUCAGACGAUCAUGCAGCAGCUGGAGGCGGAAUCGUUCGGAAAACCGCCCAAACACUUUCACAUGCUCGAAAAAUCAGAACGCGAGGCGAUCGAGACGAAGCGCGUGAAGGACUACUGUAGGCGGGUGUACGGAAAGACGCAUUUGACGCGGUUGGAGAUGCGAAGCACGACGAUCUGUCAGCGCGAGAACCACUUCUACGUGGAGACGGUGAAGGCGUUCAGGGACCGGCGGUACGAGUACAAGGACAUGCUCAAGAAGGCGAAAGGGCGGUUCGAUACGGCGCAGACGAGCAGCGAUUUGGCGACGAUGCAGACGGCCAAGUUGGAAAUGGUUCUCUACGAAUCACUGCAGUUAGCGCACAAGUGCAUCCUCAAUUCGUUCUACGGAUAUGUCAUGAGAAAGGGCUCGAGGUACAGAUAUUUUUGGUGAAAAGUGGAGAAAAAAACGAUGGUACGGAACGUAAACGGGAUUCACCCUGGGAACAAAUGCCGUUUUCGCGGCUCUACACAUCACUCCCGUGAAAUUGUUCGACGCAAUGCUCUGGAUCCUUAGAAAAACAUCCUAGUUUUGUUGACGGAGCGGAUUUUUUCACUGGAGCUUUAAAUAAAAACAUUUUCCAGAUGGUUCUCAAUGGAAAUGGCUGGAAUUGUGUGUCACACCGGCGCCAACAUCAUCCGCGAAGCCCGGAAAUUGGUGGAGCAGAUCGGAAAGCCGCUGGAGUUGGACACUGACGGAAUCUGGUGCCUCAUUCCUGCGACGUUUCCCGAAAAUGUCACUUUCAAGCUGAAGAAUCACAAAAGAAGCUCAGUGACCGUAUCGUAUCCGGGUGCGAUGCUCAACGCGCUCGUCUACGAAGGAUUCACCAAUCACCAGUAUCAUACACUCGAAAAGAACGGAAGUUACUCGAAAUCAUCGGAGAACUCGAUCUACUUCGAAGUCGACGGUCCCUAUCAGUGUAUGGUGCUGCCGGCGUCGAAAGAGGAGGGAAAGAAGCUGAAGAAGCGGUACGCCGUGUUCAAUUUGGACGGAUCGCUCGCCGAAAUGAAGGGAUUCGAGCUGAAGCGACGAGGAGAAUUGAAUAUUAUCAAGCAUUUCCAGGUUUGCUACUCUUUCUACUAGAAAUUUAAGAAUUUUCAAUUAUGAUUUUGCAGGGUUGUGUGUUCAAAACCUUCCUCAGCGGCAAGACCCUCGACGAGACGUACAAAGCGGUGGCGGGCGAUGCGGAUCACUGGCUGGACAUUCUCUAUUCGCACGGCUCCGACCUCUCCGACGCCGAGCUGUUCGACUUGAUUUCCGAGAAUCGGAGCAUGUCGCGCAAGCUGGAGGACUACGGCGCACAGAAGAGUACGAGCAUUUCGACGGCGAAACGACUGGCCGAAUUCCUCGGCGACGACAUGGUCAAGGACGCCGGACUCGCGUGCAUGUUCGUCAUUUCGAAGCAUCCUCUCGGCGCGCCCGUCACGGAGAGGGCCAUUCCGGUGGCGAUUUUCAAGGCGGAUCCCAAAGUGCGCAGUCAUUACAUUCGGAAGUGGACGAAGCAGACGGACUUCAACGAGGACACCGACAUUCGCGACCUCCUCGACUGGGACUACUACAUCGAACGCGUCGGCAGCUGCAUUCAGAAGAUCAUCACCAUUCCGGCCGCCCUUCAGGGAAUAGCCAAUCCGGUGCCACGUGUCGCCCAUCCCGAUUGGUUGCAGAAUAAAAUACGCAACAAGUACGUUUUAGGCCGUGGCCUACUUUUUCUAGCAGUAAUAUUCAUGACCUAAUAUCUUAGGAUAACCUAGAAAUGCACUAAAAUACUAUAAUUUUUCAGAGUUGACGCUCACAAACAACCGCGAAUCAACCAAAUCUUCGCCGCCUGCCAAAAGCCUGCUCCUUCAGAAACCUCUUCGGAAAAUGGAGGAAAACGGCGGCUUAGCCCGGAUAUUAUCGAAGAAACCGAAAGAGAAAUCGGCAGUGAGGAUAAGGAAAACAACGGAGCGAAACGGCAAAAAGAGACGGAAAAGGCGGGCGGUUCGGCAGAAGUUCUGGAGAAAAAGACGCUGUCGGAGCACGGAUUCGACGAGUGGCUCUCGUUUUUGAAGAAGAAAUGGAGGAUUCAGCGGAAGGAGCGGAAGAAUCUGAUGGCCUCGAAGGAUUCGGACACCGUCGAGAUGAUCGUUCGUGGGAUUCGCGAGACGGAGAACGAGAAGGAAUGGCACAUGCUGAGUCUCGAGCCGACCACCGAUCCGUGCUUCUACAACGUUUGGCUCUCGGUGCAGGGGCAAAUGCAUCGGGCGACGAUGAAGAUCAAGAGGAAUAUUCUGAUCGACUCGAAAGUGGCCCAGCCGGGGCGGGAGACCGUCCGUCGCACACUUCCCCACCACCAGCAGCCCAACUUCUUGUACGAGCUCAAAACGGACGAUCUGCAAUUGCACCGGCUCAUGGGGAAGUUGUACGCGGAGACGUGCUCUGCCAAGAUCAUUGGAACUUACGAAUCGGAAAUUCCAUCGGAUUUUCGAGCUAUUAUCGAGUUGGGAAGCGUCGUUCGUCCGGAGAUUGGAGUUAAUCUGGGCUCCGCGUUGAACUUGGACAGUUUACGGGCUGUUCAUAACGAGAAAAUCACUGCUUCCUACUUGCCAGGUCAAAUUAGAACGAUUUUCCUGUACAAGUUCUCGCAGGACUCGAGACACGUUUACUCGCUCAUCGACACCGCCGGAACUGCCGCCUAUUUGUACAUUGUCAACUCGGGAGACGUACAAAUGCCCAACAUGGAGUCCCUCUACACGACGGUCUACAACAAGAUGAUGUCGACAGAACGCGGUCAAAUGUGCCAGACCACUGCGAAAAUGCCGUUCACCGUCAAGCGAUUCAGUUCGAACACCGAGUGCGAGCGGCGGUUGGGAAGAGCUUUGCGCACCUAUCGGGAGCAGAGUUCCAAGACUGCCAUCGUCCUCUUGCUUUCGGAUACGGAGCCGUUCCGAUUGGCGCGGAAGGUUCCGAACCUCGGCCUCUUCCCGAAUGUCCAGCUGCACGUCACCGAACCCUCGUCUCUGCUGAAUCAGAUCGAUUGGCAGAAAGUGGUGGCCAGACGCAUUCUCCAGCACUUCUUCAACAGCUUCUUCUACGUGGCCGACUAUUUGGAAUGGGCCCGUUACCUGAGAAUUCCUCUCGGCAACUUGCCAGCCGAUCAUUCACUCUUCGCCUUGGAUCUCCUCUACGCCCGACAUCUUCAGAAGGCCGGACACGCGUUAUGGGCCACCAAGGCCAGUCGUCCGGAUCUUGGAGGCAAAGAAUUGGACGAUAUUCGACUGUCGGUCAACUGGAAUCCGGUCUCCAUCGACGAUACAGUACUCAUCAACCGGGAGACGUUCUGCGAGACGGCUUGCGUCGAACUGCAGCUCAGCGCGGUCGCCGUGACCGCUUUGGUGCAGCGGAGUCGGGUUUUGGAGGCCGAGGGCGCCGACGAUAUGGUCACAUUCGAUUCGGUCAAUGCUAUUGGACUGCAAUCAAUUACAGGUACGUCUGGACUUGUGAUUUUCUUUGAAAAUAGAAUAAAAUUUUUGCAGGAGUCCAACAAAAUACGAUAGCGUGCUACGACGAAGGCGCCGCCGUCGACGGAAGCAUAAAAGUGCUGAAGCAGAUGCUCACCGAGUGCGUCCGUCACAUUGCCCAUCAGGGAAACGCGCGCGCCGACGAGAUUGUCAUGUCCGUCUCGCGAUGGCUGAACACCCGCUCGGCGCUGCUCUUCGACGCCGCCCUCACUCGCAGCAUUUCUGUGCUCGAAAGCAAGUUGGUACUGUUGCUGUGCGCGGAAUGCGAACGAAUCGGCGCGCGAGUCAUUCAUGCGACCGCCCAGAAACUCGUGUUGAAUACGGGAAAGUCGACGAGUGCGGAGGCGCGUGGAUUCACCGAAAUGCUCAUUCAAUCCCUGGGAACAAAUGUCGUUUUCGCGGCUCUACAUAUCACUCCCGUGAAAUUCUUCGACGCAAUGCUCUGGAUGGACGCCCAUAAUCAUACUGGAAUUCGAAUUAAAGGUACUAACAGAUUUUGGAACAUUUUGGGGCCAGAAAUUUAUUGACAACUUUCGAGAAAGAAAAUAUCAGAACAUGCUGAAAAGGGGGAUUGCUAAAUUCUAAAAAUGUGGUCUUCAGAAUCGUCCGAAAACAUUGACGACGACGACGACGAGAAUGACGGCGAACAACCGACAGAGCCCGAAAUGGAGACGACCGCGCAAUGGAAAAUAGCGGAAGAGAUGCCGGAAGAGGGAAAUGUGCGCGAGGAGUUCCUGCAAAUGAUCGGCGCCUUCAUCGUCAUGUUCCUCGAGACGAACCGCAAACUGAAGUUCGACACGGAGUCGGCGCAGAACUUCCGCUCCGACUGCAUCAGCCAGAAGAUCUCGCAUCGUCUCUACAAAGUGGUCACCAAACUGGCGCACGGCUCCGCCGACAGUGCUCAUUGCGCUGUGUUCCUUGUCGACGCGGUACGACAUUUUCUAAUCCAGUGAUCCUGAGCGUUUUUUUUUCAGAUUUGCCGUGCUCUCUCUUGUGAUUCGGCGUCCCAAUUGGCUGUGGAAGGCCUUCGCGACAAUGCGAAACGUCUUUUGCACAAUUCACUUGGUUAGCGAAUUUUCCCGAAUAUAUUUCUCAAUAAAUGUUUACAGUGGAAGCCGACACGACGCCGAUCCAAUCGACCACCCUCUUCAUCUCGAACGUAUUCUGCAACAGCUGCUCCCAAGCGACCAACGUGUUCCUUUCCUCCACCGACGAGAUUGUCACGUGUUCCACGUGUCAAAGUGUUCGUGGAGCGAAUUUUAAAAAAAUUUUUAAUUUUUUCUUGUAGAAACUGAACAUGAACACGAUCGACAUGAUGAUUUGUGACCGUUUGAACGAGCUUCUCACCGCCUACCAAGUGCAGGAUCAUCAAUGCACCAAGUGCAAAACGGUACGGGCGUUGCGGCUGCACAUGCUGUUACGCAAUUUUUUGCAUCAAAAUUUUUUUGUUUAUUCGAAAACAACUAUUGUAGGUGCGUCACAACAGUCUGUCUGUCUAUUGCGAAUGCUGCUCCCCGUUCACUCCACAAAUCACGCCGGCGCAGAUGAAAACCGAAGUCAAAACUGUGGAAAAGGUGGCAGGCGUUCGAAACUUCGCCCUGAGCGCCGAUCUAGCCACAUGGAUUCUCAAAUUUCUUUGA